AUGGGGAGGGGGGAAGUGGUAAUGAAGAGAAUCGAGAACAAGAUAAACCGGCAAGUUACGUUUUCGAAACGACGGCUGGGUCUGUUCAGGAAAGCUCAGGAGCUCUCUGUGUUCUGUGAUGCCCAAGUUGCCCUUAUCGUCUCCUCCCGCUGCGGCAAGCUCUUCGACGUCUUUGCCAGCAGUCCCAGCACCAACGAUGUAAAUGAAAUCCUCAACCGCUACCACCAAUGCUGCUAUUCCUCACAAGAUAAUGUUGCUGAGAGUGAAACACAGAACUCAUAUCAAGAGGUCUCAAGAUUGAAAGUCAGAUAUGAAUCUCUUCAGAGUUGGCAAAGGAAUUUUCUUGGAGAAGAUCUUGAUAAAUUUCGUCUGAAAGAACUGAAACAUCUAGAGAAACAGCUUGACAGAACUCUUUCACGAGCUAAACAAAGAAAGAACUGUCUUGCAAAUUUACAUUAUAUAAUAGGUCAGAGUCUUGUUUGGAAAGCUAUAAUGGAGUGA